AUGAUGGGUUUCUUUUUGGCGUCUGUUGGAUUUGUGUUCUUUUCCGUGUUAUAUGUACAACAAGGGCUUUCUUCUCAAGCAAAAUUUACCGAGUUUCCACGGAACGUGACUGCAACCGAGGGACAAAAUGUGGAAAUGUCCUGUGCUUUCCAAAGUGGCUCUGCUUCAGUGUACCUGGAGAUCCAGUGGUGGUUCCUUCGGGGACCAGAGGACCUGGAGCAUGGGACCGAGGCAGCCAGCUCUCAGGUGGAGCUCUUACCCGACAGAGACCCGGACAACGAUGGGACCAAGAUAAGUACAGUGAAAGUCCAAGGCAAUGACAUCUCCCACAAGCUUCAGAUUUCCAAAGUGAGGAAAAAGGAUGAAGGCUUAUAUGAGUGCAGGGUGACUGAUGCCAACUAUGGGGAGCUACAGGAGCACAAGGCCCAGGCCUACCUGAAAGUCAAUGCCAACAGCCAUGCUCGGAGGAUGCAGGCAUUUGAAGCCUCACCCAUGUGGCUACAAGACAUGAAGCCUCGAAAGAAUGUGUCCUCAGUGGUUCCCAGCAGCAUCCACAGCUCUGCCAACCAACGAACGCACUCCACCUCCAGCCCUCAAGCGGUAGCCAAAAUCCCCAAACAAAGUCCGCAAUCAGCAAAGAGCAAAUCGCCUGUAAAAUCUACGGAGCGGACAGCAAAGUUGACCCUAAACUCCAAGCACCAUUCUGCACCCCUGUACUCUAGUUACCUACACAAGGAGCAUCAGCUUCCGGAAGCAUAA